AGACUAUUCAGGGAACGAUGAACGACCCCGCUCCCAUCCCCAAGUCUCACCCUACCGAGGGUAGCUACCACUGGACUUUUGAGAGAAUCGUCUCUGCCGGUCUCGUCCCUCUCUGCAUCGCUCCCUUCGCUGCUGGUUCCAUGAGCCCCGUCAUGGACGCCGUCAUCUGCUCCGCUAUCGUGGUUCACUCUCACAUUGGUUUCCACGCCUCCAUCACCGACUACUUCCCUACUCGCCGUGUCCCCAAGACCCACACCUUCAUGAUCUGGCUGCUCCGCGCGUUCACCCUCAGCACGGCCGUCGGUCUGUACGAGUUCGAGACGAACGACGUUGGUGUGACGGAGGCUCUCUGCCGGGUGUGGAACGCAUAGACUCCUAGGGAUGUGUGUUGUUUUGUGAUAUGGUUUUAGUUUUAUUACUGCUUGUGGUUUGUUUUGGGCGUAUGUGCCGCUCUGCCUCUAUGUACAUGUUCUGAUUCCUAUAUUUUGGCUCGUCGAGCUGUAAAAGAUGUACUUUGAAAUAUACCUAUACUUUUUCUAUCCUCA